AACAAUCUCACUUUCAUAAACUACUUUUAUUGCAAUCAAUGGCCUCCUCAACCUUGUUCAAACAUGUUCUGUUUUUCCUUAUCUCUGUCAUUGCCACUUCUUAUAUUGUCCAAGCCGGUGACCCAGAUAUCUUAUCAGACUUCAUAGUCCCUUUAACUUCCAACAUCCCAAUUGAUGGAAACUUCUUCACCUUCACCGGAAUGCGUGGACUUCCCGCUAACUCGACAAACCCAUCAACCUUCAAGGUCACAAAAGCCACCAUGGCCGAGUUCGCAGCUUUGAAUGGUCAGAGCGUGUCAAUGGCAGUUCUUCAGUUCCCUGCUGGCAGUGUUAACCCACCGCACACCCAUCCCCGCUCAGCGGAGCUUCUUUUCGUAGUGGAAGGUAGUAUGGAAGUUGGUUUUGUUGACACAACUAACAAACUUUACACUCAGACGCUUCAGGUUGGAGACUUGUUUGUGUUUCCAAAAGGAUUAGUACACUACCAAUACAAUGCCGAUGCCACUAACGAAGCCACGGCUAUCUCUGCAUUCGGAAGUGCAAAUGCAGGUACUGUGUCAACGCCGGUAACUUUGUUCGCUACCGGGAUUGAUGAUGGAAUUCUAGCCAAGUCUUUUAAGACUGAUGUUGCUACCAUUCAAAAGCUUAAGGCAGGUCUUGGCGCUAUGGCUUAAGUUAUUUGGGAAGUCAAUUACAGAAUCAAUCAAGAAUAGUCACCUACCAUUGCAAAUGUUCUCUUACGAUUAUUAUUAUUAUUAUUAUUACUUGUUCUGUUUUAAGUUGGUAAUAAUGUCCUUCUUCAAUCUAAUUUGAUCUGUAAUCGAUAUAACAAACCAAGGAAGAUAUGUUACUGAUAUGUGAUUCUAUUUCAAAUGUUCUAUAUUAUUAUUCAAAACGAAAAAUGCUAAAGAGCACUAUAUUUCUAUC